CAUCAAUCCUACAUCCACCUUCCAUCACCACACCCUCACCACCUCGUCACCAUGGCAUCGCAACCCUACACCUACGAACACUUCAACAUCACCUUCCCGCCAGACCACGAAUAUGUCGCCCACGUGGAAAUCAACCGUCCUUCCAAGCUAAAUGCCUUCAUCGAAGCAAUGUGGCUCGAACUCUCGCAAAUCUUCACGCGCCUCUCCACCGACCCCACCGUCCGCGCCAUCGUCCUAAGCGGCGCCGGCCCCAAAGCCUUCACCGCGGGACUAGACGUGCACGCCGCGGCGGAAGGCACGCUCUCAGCCGACUCAGCACAGAUCGACCCCGCGCGCAAAGCGACGCACCUCCGACGCCACAUCCACGACUUCCAGCACUGCAUCUCGGCCGUCGAGAAAUGCGAGAAACCCGUGCUCGUGGCGAUGCACGGCUUCGCGCUGGGGCUGGCCAUCGACCUCAGCGUCGCGGCGGACGUGCGCGUGUGCACGGAGGACGUGCGGUUCGCCGUCAAGGAGGUGGACAUCGGGCUCGCGGCGGAUAUCGGGACGCUGAGUCGCUUGCCCAAGGUGGUGGGGUCGUUUGGGUGGGUGAAGGAGGUGAGUUUGACGGCUAGGGAGUUUGGGGCCGCUGAGGCGCUGCGCGUUGGGUUUGUGACGCACGUGUACAAGGAUAAGGGGGCGGCGGUGGCGGGGGCGUUGGGGUUGGCGAGUCGCAUGGCGGGCAAGAGUCCGGUUGCCGUGCAGGGGACGAAGGAGUUGUUGAAUUGGUCGAGGGAUCGGAGGGUUGAGGAUGGGCUGCGGUAUACGGCCGUCUGGAAUAGUGCGGCGCUGCAGACUAAGGAUGUUGAGGCGGCGCUGUUGUCGGGGAUUCAGAAGCGGAAGCCGACUUUUGAGAAGUUGUAGCUUGUCGUUUCUGGGAUGGGGUGCGUUAGUAGGGGUGUAUGUUAGAUUCUGUACUGCUGGCCUAGUACAUCUUUAGAGGCUGAUCGUAUGAGAUUUGCUUUCCGCAAUGAAAGUAUUGCCGAGAAUAACUGUCGGGUGCGAAAGCGCUCUGGAUGGU